ACAGGUGAGGUUCAAUUAAACUCAAUUAAGCUCCAGUAUAAAACACAAGACGCUCAACUGUGAGUCAAACAACCUUGCUGCUGUUCUUUGUUUGCUAGGCAUCUUAAUCAGCGACUUUCCUAUCAUGUCUGGCCGCGGGAAGAAGCUGGUCGCCGCGCCAAAGACCAAGGCGUCCUCCGUGUCGCGUUCGGCGCGCGCGGGGCUGCAGUUCCCGGUCGGUCGCAUCGCGCGUCUCCUGCGCAAGGGGAACUACGCGCCGCGCAUCGGCUCCGGGGCGGCGGUGUACCUGACGGCGGUCAUCGAGUAUCUGUGCGCCGAGGUUCUGGAGCUGGCGGGCAACGCGAGCCGCGACAAUAAGAAGCUGCGCAUCGCGCCGCGGCACAUCCAGCUCGCGGUGCGCAACGACGAGGAGCUGAACGCGCUGCUGGGCGGCGUCACGAUCGCGGAGGGCGGCGUGCUUCCCAACAUCCAGGCGCAGCUUCUUCCCAAGAAAACCAAAGCGCGGGACCCUGCAGCCAACUCCACCAAAGACGUCCAGUCCCAGGACUUCUGAAGCGCAGGCUCCGUUUUAAGCACUUGACUCUUGAUUGGUUUUAACUUAAUAAAUCUUGUUUUCUCAA